ACAUGCGCAGAUUGGACUCUCGAACUUCCGCCAAUUUCGAAAAUCGAGUUGUCUCAUUCUAACAUUCGGAUCAUAUUAGUUUCCUACAUUCUAUUAAAUUGUUCGUAUUUAAUCAUGUUCUCCGCAUCAGCAGAUUUACAUGAACCAAUGUUAGCGUCUCCCAGCAGUCCUGGGACCCACCAAUAUCUUCCAGGAUACCUACUGGGAGAAAGUGUUCAACAUGGAAUAUCGCCAGCUGGUCCCCGACUUUGGUCCACAGGGGGUCACAGUCCCCAGAAGAAUCCUUCAUUCACCUCCCCCACUGGGGGUGCUGCAGCUGGGACCCCCAGAGAUUUAUCCCGAACAAAAGACAAGGGCGGUGCACCUCCUGUCAAAAGUUUAUUCCUGAGCCCCGGGGCUGACACGAGCUAUAUGUCUCCUGGCCAUCAGUCUUUCGCAUCUCAGGUGCCGUCUAGGAGCACGGCCACGCCGGCUUCCCGGGGCGUGUCACCAGGACCACCCACCUCAGGUUUAUUUCCUGGUGCCACAACACCGAGAACUGCUGGGGAUAGUUUCAUCGUCCCUCCCUCCAAGAUCCCCACAUCCCCGGCACAGAUGGACCCAUUCUACACACAAGGGGAUAGUCUGAAGGCAGAGGACAUCCUUGAUGAAACAUGGGUGACAGUUUUUGGGUUCCCACCGGCUGCUACGUCUUUCAUUGUACAGCAGUUCUCACAGUAUGGCAACAUCAUGAAGCAUUCGUCAUCUAUGGAGGGCAACUGGAUGCACAUUCACUACCAGUCCAAGAUACAGGCCAAGAAGGCCCUCAGUAAGAACGGCAAGGUGUUCGGCAACAGCAUGAUGGUCGGGGUACUGCCCUGCAUAGACAAGAGUGUAAUGGACGACAACAAGGAGAACGAAGACAUGAUGGCCACACCCACGAUGAACCUGUCUCGACUCGGGGACACGAGCACCUCCUCCAAACACACACCCAUCCGGCCCCUCACUUCCGCCUACCAGGCAUCUAGGACAGACUAUGAGGUUUUAAAAGGCAACCAACCACCACAAAAAGAUAACAGUUUUAUAUCUAAGGUCAAAGAGUACAUGUUGGGAUGGUAGUCGACUCCUAGAAUUAUGUUUUCCUCUAUGCUGUGGGACAGAUGGUGCAAAAUGAUGCUUGUGUGCUCUUUGUCAACACUUGGUGAGUUACACUUUAUAAACCUAACAAGGUUGUGUGGACCACAAGUGUUGACUUUGUUGAUGGGAUGACCAAAAGUUAACAAAGCUGUUUGUGAUAACCUGGACUCCAUUAUCUCCAAGAGAAAGAUUUGGAGACAACCAGUUUCAAGAUCAGUGUUCCAGGUUCGAGAGGUCAAGAGGGAAGAAUGGACAUAGGAACACUGGAAGCGAAACAAAUGAAUACUUGUCAAGAAACUAUUCUUUACUGUUCGUCUAAGGAGCAAUGCUACAGAGAAGAGACAUAAGAUAUAGAUUUUUGGUUGAUUACAUUAAAGAUAAAUAUUACUGAAUACGAUAAUUUCACAAUUCUCAUUCACUUCAAUGGAGCAUUAUUAUUACAGUUAUUGAGAGCAUGCUGGUGAUUUCAGAUAAAGAUUGAUUGGUCAAGGCAAGUUUUUGAGGCUAAUCUGAAGAGAUAAUAAUUGUUCAACAGUUUUCUAAACCGACUCUGAUAAUGUAGUUCAAUCUGGCAGUACCUAAGUGAUCAUUUUGAAGAUGUUCAGUCUCACUGUUACUGGAAAAUUCUGUGGGGUUUUCAUGAGACUGUAGCCUGACUGGGCAAGGUCAAGAUUGUAGAGAUGGUCCAUCACUGACAUGACUUUGUUCAGGGAUGUGUUUUGAGACUUGGCUGUGACUUGUUAUAAAUGAAAUAUAUUCUAGAAUGUCACUUAUGCUGUACAGUCUGAAUAGAAGCAACUCAAUGAAAGCAGAAUCAUUGUGGAAUAUUCACAUUAUUCUUCAUCAGGGUUAUGUAACACAGACAAUGUCAGAGUAUUGGUAUUUUAAUAAAAUCAUACAUUGCAUACUCCUCCUAUUCCAUAUCUAUUUUACACUUGCUUGUACAAAGUCUGAAAUAAAGUCUUAACACUUA